AUGAGAAUACGAUUCAUCAUAUUUAUUUCAAUUUUAUUACUAUGUGUAAAGCGGGCAUUUUCAAUCAAAGGAUUACAAAAACUUAAUGAGAUAAAUGGAAUACAAAAAGUUUUAAAGCCAUCCAAUCAGACGAGUUUCCAUGAAAUGCAGUCACGAAGCAAAUCUGAUCAAAAUAACAACUUAAAUGUAAAUGUAGGAGAUUGGACCAUACACAUAGCUUAUAAAAACCCAAAAAGUAAUAAAGAGAAAAUAAAAAACUUUUUGAUAUACUCAAUGACAUUUCCAUAUGCUGAACUUGAUGAAUUCAAGGAAUAUUUAUUUGAGGAAUAG